UCACUGCUGCUGGACUAGUCAGUGAUAUCAGCUGCUGCUGGUGACCUUGUUGACCCCGGCUCUCGGCUGUAAACACCAGGGAACCUUUGACCACUCCCCGCCGUCACAGAGCAGCAGACCACCAUGGCUUCUUCUUCUCCUGUCAGACAGUUCCUGGUUUCUUUUUUGAUGCCGGAAAAAUGUUACGAGGAGAUUUUCGUCAACGUUCACAUGCACGUUCCGUGUCUGAAGUUUCUGCUAAACAGAACCUUUGGAUUUUGGAUCCUUCUGGACUCUUUACUGGCCCAGCUGUCUCAGCUGUUGAAGAUCCUGUGGAUAGGAGGUGCGGCGGGCCUGAGUCUGACCUCUGCCCUGCUGCAGCUUUAUGCCUUCUCAUGUCCAGUCUUGUACGCCGCUGCCCUCAACUUCCCGCUCUUCGCCUGGACUGAGAGGCUCUUCGUGUUGGCGCAGACGGCAGCCAUCGUCUUCCUCAUCCUGUUUCAUGGAGGUGAAACCCUCAAAGGGCUGCUCCUCCUCAUGGUGUAUGCUGCUGUCAUGCUCCUGCUGGGCUCCUGGUUACCUGCAGCAGUCGCCUCCUGGAUGCAGACCUCCAGUCCGGCUGCUUUAAUUGCAAGCAAGGCUCUCCAGGCUCGAACUAACUACUGCAACGAGCACACAGGCCAACUGUCCACGCUGUCUGUGUCACUGUCCUGUGCCGGCUCUCUGGGCGUUCUCUUCACGUCUCUACAGGAGACAGGAAGCUUCUUGUCUACUCUGUCACACAUCCUGUCAGCCUGUCUCAGCUGCGUCCUCCUGGUCCAGGUCUUGUCCUCCUCCAGGGGCAGCAGGGACGCCACCAAAAGGAAGAGCGAGUAGGACGGAGGAGGACGGAGGAGGACGGAGGAGGACGCUAGUAUCAUGUUUACAGAAUCUUUUAUACAAAUGUGUGUGUGUGUGUGUGUGUGUGUGUGAUUUAGUUGUUUGAGUGUUUCCUGUUUAACUGAGGGAAUAAACAGAGUUUUGUCGCCACCUGGUCUUUGAAAUAAGAAUGACCUCUCUGUGUGUGAGUGUUGCCGAGAAACACUCGACACAUUGACAGGCGCUCUGCCAACACACUGAUUUAACUGAGCGUGCACCAGCGACACAUUAACCUUGUUUGUUUUGGCAGUUUGCAGUUUAUUUCCAUCAGGCUGAGCACAGACACAACAGUGAUCGCUCAUGAGGUUUCAUAAAGCACUUUAUAUAUGUGUGUUCAGACUUUAUGGAUCUUCUUUCAUGUUUAACUGAAUUCAGUGAUGCAGGUGAAAACAGAGAGGUCGGUCACUUCCAGUCACCUUUAGCCACCUGUAAACUGUGUUAGCAACAGUCAAACAUUAUCUGUGUGUACAUAAAAAUCCUGACCCGUCGAAGCGUUGUGACAUUCAUACCUCAGAUAACACGAGACACACCUCAAAGUGUUUCCAAAGAAAGUGCUGCAGGUUAAAAUCAGGUGAUCGUGGUUAACCUUUAACCUUGAGGGGAGCGUUCCAGUCAGCGAGCAUGCUGCUCAGAGCUGCAGGGACAUUUCCUCACAUGAUGUAUGUAUGAAAUAUUGUGAAAAGACAGUUUCUGUUCUGUAAUUAUUCAAAACUGGGAAAUUCAUGGAUUGGUUCAUUUUGAAUGUGAUGCUGAGAUCACUGGAAGAUUUCAGAAACUUGAGGAAAUGAAGCUCAGUUAGAGGAAGUCAACUCUACAACCGUCCAAAGCACACAGAGACAAAGUCCAUGAAUAAAAAGUCUGAUCGUUUAUUCGCCGCCCAUAACAGGAAGUACAUUUUAAAACAAUUUAGCAUUUUCAUCAAAGCUCCCCAAAACAAACUUUGGAACUUUCUUGUGUUCCCAAAUAAACUGAUCAGUAACAUU